UACGAGAACCCGAGCACACGCUUCGUUCACUCAUCCUGGUCCGUUCGCUACUCCCUCACGCAUCCCCUGGUGCAAUUCCUUUCUCGUUCCCGUUCGCGCCCCCGUUCGUUCUGUCGGACGCCUGGUGGCCGGUAUAGUCUCGACGCAACUCACGCGCUAUCAACCUCGCCUGUUACGAACGACGAGUCGUGCGUGAGCGAAUGACGAACUAUGGGACAACGAGAAAAUUUCCCUUGAUUGACCAUUCGUGAAAAUUGGCUGGUGCAAUUGGAUGUUCAAGUUCCCAAUGCCGAGUGGAAUUAUCGACAAAAAUUUGUCGUUUUAUCUUCGAUCCUGAAGUGCCGCUGGAUGUUAUGGAAAACUAGUAGACUCUGAACUGAACAUUACUCGUGUGUUUUCGAGUCAUCGUACCCUUGUGGAUUGGAUAAACAAAAGAAGAAGAGAAAAGUGUAAUGUGCAUGUCAAUCGUGGUAAUGGUUGCUGUUAAUGACUCAAUACGGAGAGGGUGACAAUGGGAAUUGGAAAAGUUGCUUCAAACGCUCGUAGUGGUAACAGGCACGCUUGAACAAAAUGCGUCGCCCAGUAGGAUGAGAAUUCACCACGUGGUAAUCCAACAAGCCUGUCAACGUAAUUUGCACCGCGGUAUGCUGCAAUUGAAUUUUUCGUGUUGUUAAACAAUGUGCAAUCAAUGACUUCUGUUUGAGGGUGAUUGUGUUUGUGUGUGAGUGUGGAUGUGCCUUCGGGACCAGUGUUGACCGCUGCGGUUACGUACUCGCGCCUGUCAAAGUGAAAAUUUACGUGCACGCUUUCGAAAAUCAGCGACACCGCGCCUGUGCAAUUCCUCCCUAUAUAUUUCCCCGCACGUUAUUUCAAAGAACUCGAAUUAAUAAGGAGUCGGCGUAGAGUCAAAACUUCUGAACAUUUGUAUCUGGGGCAGAACGAAAUUGCACGAUAAUUCAAAAAUUGAGGAUCUCCGUAACUGGAUGCACUUUCAAUUGUUUGUACAUUCGAAUCGAUAAAGGCUUUAUUGUUGGAGCAAUCUCUGUCUAAUUAAUACACAAAUGUCAGCUUGUUAUGACUACCGUUGUAAUUAAAUCAUGAGAUUUUACUGCGAUUCGUUGCAAACAUAAUAAUUGUCACACUGAUAUUAGAAACUCAACAGAUUCAAUUAAUCAGCUAGAUUUCAGCCAAUUAUGAAUAAAUCCUUGCUUUGAAUAUGUUUUUGGUGGAAGGGAUGAGUCGAUUUCAUCUCAUUAUGGGAAAUUUGGUUUAUUGAUAUAUUUUUUUCAUGUAAAUAUAUAUUAUUUCACGUUUAUUGAUUUUACCAUGCAGCAACAAGCAGUGCAAUUAACAACAAUGCUGUUACGAAACGGACUAUUUCAAUUACGGCAAUGUUGGCUCAUGACCACUUUUAUGUUUUCAUGUUUGAAUAACAUUUUCAACGAUUCGGGGAACAGCUAUUUUCGAACUGAUUAUGAACGGCAUUACCGUUCCGGCAAAUCGAUUUCAAUGAACAAAAUUUUCAUACGAGUUGAUGGGAAUGGUACAUGAAAUGAGAAUCAUGGUAAAAUUAAUCGUACACACUCAAACUCAAAUUAUGCGUAAUUUAGCAGCAGAGAUUGACACAAAAUAGCUAAUUAUUCGGGGAAUUGAAAGCUCAAAUAUUUUCUGAGAAUUUUCGAGUUCGUUUGAAUCCGCUUGGCCCGCGUGCGGCAGAUAAUUCAAUAGUCAUAUAUCUGAUGGUUGAAGGGUUUGCCAAAAGCUCCCCGCCCCUUGCAACGAGCAAGCAGACAGUAUUUGCCAUCACAUUUCCAUAAUAGGAAACAAAUCCGAACUGAAUAUUGUUAAUUUGUACAUGCUUUCCAACUGCUUUGUGUCGCCAGAGUUUUCGUUUGCGAUGCUUUAUUUUUUUUUUUCAUCUUGAUAACGUACCAUGGUCCUUUUCCUCUAUCACUCUUCUCCAUCGCUAGAGCACUUCAAGAAACAUUUAUUUUUUCGUUAGAGUAAUAAAAUAGAGUGAUAAAAUAACAAACGGAGAAAGAAGAGUAAAUUUAUGAGCCGCGCCUCGUCAACUUUUGCGCAUACGAUUUCAUUUUGAGUAGCGAAUAAAUGCGGUAAAUUCGUGUACACAUCAGCGAAUGUUAAUUGAGUUUUAGAUUUAAACGCAUUCGCCAGAAUCUGAUGACAGGCCGAAUUAAUUUUACUCCAGCUCGUUUAUUUUCCUCUCGUUUUGUUUACUACUUAUUCACUUUGCACUCGUGUACAUACGAUUAAUAACUUUGAUUUAUGUUAUUCAUUUAUAAUGGAAAUUGACGUGUUAGACUAGCUGCGCAUUAAUCGGUGGUCUGUGUGUCAAAAUAGCAGCUUGUCGUGGCAAUAUAUUCCAAGAAUUCAAAGAUCAUUUUCUUGAUCCAGCAGGCUGAGUGCAUACUCGGACAUGAUGAAACGGUCACCCGAUCUCGCGUUGAAAAACAAACUCCUUAUCGCGUGAUAAAGAAAGACCAAAACGUCAGACGACCUAAUUAAAUCGAUUUGGACGUAAAUUAGUUCACUUUCACCCAUGAAUUUAUCUUAUUCGCGACCAUUUUGACGAUCCAAUCACAAUCGGACUGAAUCGAUCACAAUCCAGGCUUUUUUAAAAAUGAAAAAUGAAUCUUUUCAUCUGUUAUUUUUAAAAAAUAUUAUUUGAAUUUAAAUCGAAACAAUACAUUUCGAAAAUUCAAUUUACAUUUGGCAUCGAAUUAUAAUUUUUUUUAUCAUCACAGAAUGGUGAAAGUGAGUCAAGACCCCGGCAGAUAAUAGACGCAUCAAACUUAAGACGUUUGCGCAACCCAAGAUUUAUCAGUACGUUCGCCGCAAGUGUAGCGUGCACAGUGUACCGCGAGAAAACGCGAGUGUGACGAGAGUCUGAAGUAUCUUUCGUGAAAUGUACUGGAAACGAUGCAGUGCAAAGGCACUCCGGAAGCAUUUACGACAUGACUGCUGCUUGGCGAAUGGAGGAGGCACGCCACUUACAAUGAUAUACAUCGUUCUUCUCUCGAUAAUGCUUGACAAAGGGACGGCACAUCAACCAAAAACUUUCAUCAGCGACUUUCUUCAAGAUCGACCGACACCCGAAACGGGACCUUACUUUGACACAACCGUCGAAUCGAAUACAACGGGAUUGGUUGGGAAAACUGUUCAUCUUGUUUGUCGAGUGAAAAAUCUUGGAAAUUUAACGGUUUCAUGGGUGAGGCACCGAGACAUCCACUUAUUAACAGUAGGACGAUACACUUACACAAGCGAUCAGCGUUUCGAGGCAAUGCACGCUCCCCUCGCUGAAGAAUGGACUCUGAGGAUACGAUAUCCUCAACGCAAGGAUUCCGGACUUUACGAGUGUCAAAUAUCAACGACUCCACCCAUCGGUCACAUGGUUUAUCUCACCAUCGUUGAACCGAUAACGGAAAUAGUCGGGGGCUCUGAUCUCUUCAUAAAUAAAGGAAGUACGAUAAAUAUAACGUGCUUGGUAAAGCACGCGCCAGAACCGCCAACGACGAUAACUUGGAGUCAUGAUCGACAGGCAAUUAACUUCGAUUCACCUCGAGGAGGAAUUAGCCUAGUUACGGAAAAGGGCCGCGUAACCUCGAGUCGGUUGCUCAUACAAAAGGCCAUACAAACAGAUUCGGGACAGUACACGUGCAGUCCAAGUAACGCAAGUGCAAGCAGUGUACGAGUUCACAUACUUAAUGAACACCCAGCUGCAAUGCAUCACGGUAGCGGCGACAGAAUGUCUGCAAGUCUACUUCCGGUUGUUCUACUUCUUCGGAUGAUAUUCUAGCUCGCGCAUACACGUGAUCCGAAGCGAUAGUUCGGUGUGAGAUUCCGAGGUCCAAGCUGCUCUGCCAUACAAUGGACACAAUUGUGUCUCCAUACGUGUGUGCGCUCGUUUGCGCGUGUGUGAGUGUGUACGUGUGAGUGAACGCGCGAGUUCCGGGGAGAGCGGACGAUGAACAAACAAAAUUGUGAAUUGCCGCGAGCAACCAAGUGUUGGUGUUGCGUUUUCGUACACCGAUAAAGACGGCUGCUACCCCAACCUCUACGAAUCGUUCAAUCGCAGAGGGUAUCUUCCGUGAACGUUCGUGCGACAUACUUCACGAGAAUCGACAAAUAAAAUAUGAUAAAGUUCUUAUUUCACUGGUGGAUAAACAUUGAAAAUAUUUGGCCAGUUCCAACAAUUCACAUUUUUUAUACAAAAAUGUUCUAGUGCACGUAAAACACGAUGCGAUCGGACACUGCAGCAAUACUAUUUAUGUGUAAAUGUACACGUGAUAAUAUUCAAGGUAUUUUAUUAUAACGGAUUACAAAAAAAGUACGAUCCAAAUUGAAAAAGAAUGUUAAAACGCUAAAAAUAAUGUAUCGGUGUAUAAUAAUGAUGAUAACGUUAAAGAAAUCGUUUCAAACCGAUCGGAGGAACAGUCGUCAAACUUUGUGUCUCAAAUUUUCAUUGUAAAUAAUUGUUCAGACGUUUGUACAUAUCACUCGAUUUAAUUAGUUAAAAAACAAUAAAUGUAACUCUGUACGAAUAGCAACUCAGACUCUGUAGUCUGCAUAAAUGUAAAUUCGUGUGGGAGAAAUUGGAAACAUUAACAGGUUCGAUGAGACUCGAGCCUCAAUUCCUGUCGGAUUGAAAUGAAUGAUAAAUAGGGAAAAAAAUCAUUAGUGAUAAUUUUCGAUGAAACAGAAUCGAUCGCUGCUCACUGCAGUGCUUAUUUAUCCUCAGGUAUUUUCGCUGCUUAUUUUUCGUCUUUCUCCCAUGUACAACGAUGUCAAAACUCGAAAAAAUUUUGUUCCUUGAUCGUAUAUACCGAAAAGUGUGAGGACGUUUUUUCAUGGUUUUUAUUCCUAACCGAUUUCAAAGAGAGAGAAAUAAAGAGGGGGAGAGAAUUAUCGAAAAUAUUCGAAAUUGUCGAAUGAUGAGAGUACACGGUGUUAUUAAAGUCCAGCGUGCCUAUCUCACUACUUCCGGAAUAGCGAGCACAUCGUCGAGUGAACUACCUACAAACUCUUUACCACCUUUCGAUAAGUGUGGAAGCUCUCCGGAACACUGCUCGAGUUUUCCAUCUUCGUUUCUCUCUUAUCUCCUUCAUUCUAUCUACCUGUAUCUCUCUCGCGUUCGCCCAGUUAUUAUAAUGGUUCAAGUUUCGAAACAAACUUUAUAUAUUCGUUAUGGGCGUUGUUCAACCGGCUUAAAUGUGUUUCUCAUGAAACUCUCGCUGAAACACCAGUUUUGUCGGCCAUGAAUAACAUGGUUAGAUGCAACACAUGAGAUAUGAAAAGCACCGGGGGCUUUCGCACGAUUCGUUAGUUCGUUUUCGUGGCACGAGGAAUAUCGAAACAAUUGAAAUAUUCCAAUUGACUUUCCGACGUUGUUUUAUUAUUUUUUUUGCUUCUAAGGACGAGGGACCAGCUUGGCAGAAUGUUCAUUUGCACCCUCUUAAAUUGCAAACGUUCAACAUCGUUUUUCAAUACAACGCCGCUGCUUUUUCCAGCCUCAUUUUUUUGCUUACUUCAACCACUACGAACUUUGUAAAUGUUUUUAACGAUGAUCAUUGUGAUAUAGACCGUAGGGCCUACGAAGCGUUUAACACUUGUGAAAUAUUUUAGCGUCUAUUUGCACUGAAUUUUCGUCGUGGCGAUGUGCCUGUGACACACGAGCACGAGGAAAAUUAAAUAAAAACGAUUUUUUUCGCCACGAUAUAUGUACGGAAAUACAGAAAUAUCUCGAGCGCGUACAUGUUCGAUCGAAAAAUAUCUAGUGAAAUAUCGAAUGCGACAAAGCGAAGAAAAAUGGUACUGAAUUGUAAUGAAACUUCGUCGACGGAUUUGACAGACCUACUUAUUAUUAUUGUAAUAGUACAUAAAAUACAGAGGGAUAAGGAAAAAAGAAUAUUUAGAUUGUUAAUUUCUACAGAUGUAUCAAUAAAAACAUUUAAAGAGAA